GGGAGGAGGCGCGUCUGGGGCGGGAGCGGCGGGGCCGGGCCGAGAGCGGCGGCGGGACGCGGCGGAGCUGCCUCUCGCCAUGGGCGGUGGGUGCCGGGGCCGGGCCCCGCCGGCCGCGGGGCUGCGGCUGCUCCUGGCCCACGCUCUGCUGCUCUGCACCACCGGGAGCGCCGCGACCGACGGCUCCGUGAAUCCCUGCUGCUAUUUCCCCUGCCAGCACCAAGGGGUGUGCGUGAGGGUCGGCCUGGGGGGGUAUGAGUGCGACUGCACGCGGACAGGAUACUUCGGGGACAACUGCACCUCCCCUGAGCUCUGGACGUGCAUCCGCAACCUGCUGAAGCCCAGUCCUGCCUUCUACCACUUCAUCCUGACCCACUUCAAGUGGUUUUGGGACAUCAUCAACAGCACCUCCAUCAGGGACACGCUCAUGAGGCUCGUGCUCAUAGUUCGUGCCAAUCUCAUCCCCAGUCCCCCCACCUUUAACUCUGACUAUGGUUACAUCAGCUGGGAGGCCUAUGCCAACGUCAGCUACUACACCCGCAUCCUCCCGCCCGUGCCGGAAGACUGCCCAAUGCCCAUGGGGACCAAAGGGAAGCAGCAGCUCCCUGACCCCCAGCUCCUGGCAGAGAGGUUCUUGCUGCGGCGGAGGUUUGAAGCUGAUCCCCAAGGCACCAACCUGAUGUUUGCCUUCUUCGCCCAGCAUUUCACCCACCAGUUCUUCAAGACAUCCGGGAAGAUGGGACGUGGCUUCACCAAGGCACUGGGGCACGGGGUGGACCUCGGGCAUUUGUAUGGGGACAACCUGCAGCGGCAGCACCAGCUGCGACUUUUCAAGGAUGGGAAGCUGAAAUUCCAGGUGGUGGAUGGAGAGGUGUACCCCCCCACGGUCACUGACGCCCCAGUUCACAUGGUCUAUCCGCCUGCUGUCCCCAAGGAGAAGCAGCUGGCGAUAGGGCAGGAGGUAUUCGGGCUGCUGCCGGGGCUCUGCAUGUACGCCACGCUCUGGCUGCGUGAGCACAACCGUGUCUGUGACAUACUGAAACGGGAGCAUCCCACCUGGAGCGAUGAGCAGCUCUUCCAGACAGCUCGUCUCAUCCUCAUCGGAGAGACCAUUAAGAUCAUCAUUGAAGACUAUGUCCAGCACCUCAGCGGGUACUACCUGAGCCUCAAGUUUGACCCUGAGCUGCUCUUCGGGACACAGUUCCAGUACCGGAAUCGCAUCGCAGUGGAAUUCAACCAGCUCUAUCACUGGCACGGGCUGAUGCCCGACUCCUUCGUCAUCCAGGGGGAAGAGUACAGCUAUGAGCAGUUCCUCUACAACACCUCCAUGCUCCUGGACUAUGGUGUGGAGGCAUUGGUGGAGUCCUUUUCCAAGCAGAUUGCAGGAAGGAUCGGUGGGGGACAAACCAUCAACGCCAAUGUCUUGAAAGUGGCUGUUGGGGUCAUCAAGGAAUCCCGGCAGCUCAGGCUCCAGCCAUUUAAUGAGUAUCGGAAGAGGUUUGGCAUGAAGCCCUACAAGUCCUUUCAGGAGCUCACAGUGUUUCAUGCCCAUGAAGAUUGCAGUUAUUUUUGGGCACGCAAUUAGCAGUUGGGAAGGGUUUAACUGCAAGAAUGGCCAAGAGGAGCAGCAGCAACGGUGCCUGUGCCAAGAACGAGAAGCAGUGUUACAGCACAUCUUCUCUCUGCCCCCCUCUCCUUUUUACUUCUUAUAUUCAAUGAUUAAUUACAUUCAGACCUUUUUCGUUUCCUUUUUGCUACUGGCACUGUAAAUUGUCCAUCAUAUACCUCUGCACUGGAGAGUAAUAACCAGGAAUCAUCUUGCUGCAGGCCAUGCAACAGAGCAGCAGCAGAGGUUUUGAUCCUGUUACAGUUUUGCUGCCAUAAGGGCAAAAAAAUAAAGCACUUUAUAUAAAAUAAAACUUCAAAGCAACUUAAGCAGUCAGCGCUCCCUGACCUUCGCUCCAAGCCAGGUUGGAUGAUGCUGCUAAUAUGCACCCUCUCUGCAUGACAGACUUCACUGAAUCUCCUCCUGAAUAUAAAUUACAGGGGUUUUCUUUUCCUUAAAUGCACUGAUAGCCAUGUUCACUGAUUUAAUUUCACAUAACUUUCAUGGUUUUUUUUUCCGUGAUUCUGAGAUGAAAAGAACUAAUCUCUCACCACAUUUGACAAUCUGGAUUUCUGCCAGUUUCCUUAAAACAGCUACAAUUUGUGCCAACUCAGUAAUUUUUAAUUACAAAUUAUUUCUUCUUCUCCUAAUGCUACUUUUUAAAACACAGUUCAAAUAGACACAGUAAUAAAUUCUUCUUUUUCUAUCCUAAGAUUCAUUCUUAUUAAGAGCAUAGUGCCUGCACAGAGACAUUUGCAUUUCUUCCUGGUGUUCCAAACUGCCUUAUGUAAAACUUGCAAUUAAACUUAAUCAUUAAACAGGG